UCAAAAAAUUGUAGGCCGUAGGUAUGAAUCUAUCAUCCAUUAUUCCAUCUAUCCAAUUAAAUCCAAAUUAACCCUUCUUUUUGGGUUAUUUUCUCUUCACUGGCCGCGGCGAUUCCAUCUUCCCUCUCGUCAUUGCCGACGGCGACGGCCACUGCCUCAUCAUCCUCUCUUCAGCUUAGUCGUCUGCCGUUCGCUGUUCCCUUUGCUCACUCAUUCUCUCUUCAGUUAGAUCAGUUUGUCGAAACGUAGAACAGAGGGGUUUUCAUGAGGUAUAAGAACUGAGAAGGAAAACCCCCACGAAGAUCCUAACCAACCCGAUUUGGGUUUUCUCAAUUCGGCUAAGAAACCUAGUUCCGGUAAUCUCCAUCUUCAGUCAUGCUCAGAUUUUACCUCUCCCCACUUACCGGUUUUCGGUUCUUUCUGCAAUGAAGUUGAAAUUGAUGUGAAGUGAGUUAGAUAUGAAUUUUAGGAGUUACAUCUCAGAAUUUAUUGUAGAACUGACCAGCUCAAUGAAGGAGACGAUAUGAAAUACUUAUUUGCCUGGAGGGUACUGUUUUUAAUUUUACUGGAGAGAUAUGAUUAAGUCGUGUAAUUAACCAUGCUUUUGUUACAUCGUGUUGCUAGAGUUAAAUCUAAAACAAAAAAUGGGAUUUUUGUUUCCAUCUUCAAUGAUGCUCUUGUAUCUGCCUCACUUUGUCCCAAUUCACAUUCUGUUUCGUCUGUUGCUGGAACUAGUGGUAAUGGAAACAGGGAUAUUCCUAAGUUUUUCCGUUGGAAAAUUGGUUCAACCUUGAAAGAAUCAGCAGGUGCAGAUGGGAUGAUUAUCAAGGAAGUAGCGUCGUCCUUUAAGGAGUGGUUCAAAUCUGGAAGCAAGCCUUUGUAUGGUAUAAUCUUCCAAAUCCUCCGUGGGGAUAGAGAUGACCAAGGAAUGCCAUCUGUUCCUUCCCCUGCUGAUCUUGCUCUUUCUAGGCUUGGCCUUCGCCUCAAUGAAGCAUUUGUGUUAGAUGUCCUCCGUUAUGGCUCUAAGGAUAUUCUGUCUUGCCUCAAGUUCUUUGACUGGGCUGGACACCAGCAAGGGUUCUUCCAUACACGUGCCACAUUCAAUGCCAUCCUUAAGAUCCUCUCCCAGGCCAAGCUCUUUCCCCUCAUGCUUGAUUUCCUUGAAAACUGUGUGCAACAGAGAAUUUACCAUACGGCUUGUUUUACCAAUACGUUGGUUAUGGGUUAUGCCGCUGCUGGUAAACCCAUUUUUGCUCUUCAUCUGUUUGGUAAAAUGCGCUUUCAAGGCCUUGAUCUUGAUCCUUUUUCCUACCAUGUUCUUUUGAAUUCUCUUGUUGAGGAAAAUUGCUUUGAUGCAGUGAAUGUUAUUAUCAAGCAGAUCACUUUGAGGGGAUUUGUGAAUGAGCUCACACAUUAUUUGAUGCUAAAAAAUUUAUGCAAGCAGAAUCAGUUGGAUGAGGCAGAAACAUUCUUGCACGACUUGGUAGAUAGUGGGAAAAAACUGAGUGGGCGUAUGUUGGAUUUUCUUGUUGGUGCAUUUUGCCAAAGUGGAAACUUUGAGCGGGCAUGGAAGUUGGUAGAAUGGUUUAGAGACUUAGAGAUAGUAUCAAUGGAGUAUGUGUAUGGUGUGUGGACUACAGAACUUAUUAGGGCUGGGAAGUUGGAGAGUGCUCUACAGUUCUUAAAUAGCAGUAAGUUAGAUGGACGUUACAUUCCUGAUGUCUUUCGUUAUAAUAUGUUGAUUCAUAGACUUCUAAGAGAAAACCGGCUUCAGGAGGUGUUUGACUUGCUUACGGAGAUGAUGGAGCAGCAUAUUGUCCCUGAUAAAGUCACAAUGCAUGCUGCCACGUGUUUCCUUUGCAAAGCUGGGAUGGUGGAAGUUGCACUUGAAUUAUACAACUCCAACUUCGAAUUUGGGAUUUCCCCCAAUACUAUGGCAUAUAACUAUUUGAUCAAUGCUUUAUGUUGGGAUGGAGGCACUGAUGAAGCAUACCGCAUCUUGAAACGCUCCAUACAUGAGGGUUACUUUCCAGGAAAAAAAACAUUUUCUAUACUUGCAAGUGCUUUGUGUCGAGAGGGAAAGCUCGAUAAGAUGAAGGAGUUGGUUAUUUUUGCCUUAGAGAGGAACUGUAUGCCUAGUGAUUCCACAUAUGACAAGUUUAUAACUGCUUUAUGUAGGGCUAGGAGAGUUGAAGAUGGAUACCUGAUUCAUAGUGAACUUAAUAGAAUAAAUGUAGUAGCCACAAGGAGUACUUACGUUCUUUUGAUAGAUGGUUUUAUCAAGUCAGGAAGGGGUGAUAUUGCUGCAAGACUACUAAUUGAGAUGCUGGAAAAGGGUCACAAUCCACGUAGGAGUGAAUUUAGAUAUGUCAUUCGCUGUCUUAUUGAAAUGGAGAAUAUGGAAAAGCAAUUCUUUAACUUGCUUGAGUUACAGUUAUCUUGUCAAGAACCGAAUACUGAGGUGUACAAUAACUUCAUUUAUGCAGCUGCACGUGCAAAAAAGCCUGAGCUUGCAAAUGAAGUAUAUCAGAUGAUGUUGAGAAAUGGAAUCCAACCAAAUUUGAGUUCUGACAUUCUUUUGCUAAGGGGGUACUUAUAUAGUGAGCGCAUUUCUGAUGCUUUGAUUUUCUUAAGUAAUUUGUCUCAGACAAGAACUAUUGGGAGGAAAAUCUCCAACGUUGUGGUUGUUGGUCUAUGCAAAGCGAAUAAGAGUAAUCUUGCAUUUGAUUUUUGGAAGCACCUGAGGAAUAAGGGUACAAUACCUAGUAUUGAAUGCUACGAGGAACUGGCUAAGCAUUUCUGUCAAAUCGAAAGAUAUGAUGCGGUGGUAAAUCUUAUAAACGAUCUAGAUAAAGUUGGGCGUCCACUUACAUCCUUUCUUGGUAAUAUACUCCUAUAUAGUUCAUUGAAGACUCAAAAGCUCUAUAAAGCCUGGGUUAACUCACGAGAGGGACUAGUGGAGACUUCUCAAAGUUCUAUGCUUGGCCUGCUAAUUAAAGCAUUUUCUGGCCAUAUUAGAGUAAGCCAGUCUAUUAAGAACCUGGAAGAAGCGAUUGCCAAGUGCUUCCCACUUGAUAUCUAUACGUACAAUCUAUUAUUGAGAAAGUUAAGCCCAAAUGACAUGGAACAAGCAUUUGAAUUAUUUGAUCGAUUGUGUGAGAGAGGGUAUGUACCAAAUAAGUGGACUUAUGAUAUAUUGGUUCAUGGUCUUUUCAAGCAAGGGAGGACGGUAGAGGCUAAGAGAUUGUUGGAAAUAAUGCAUCAAGAAGGGUUCACUCUGACAGAGUGUACUAAAGCAUUUAUUUAAUCCGACAGUGUUCACACGGGGUCAUGAUCUACAUAAAUUUUUUCACUUUGUGCUCCUUCCUCAAAAUAUUAUUUUAUUUCGUCCAAUGAAGAGUGGAAACCCUGAAGAUUUUGUCCAGCAAAGCAUCAGUGCAUUUCUUGGCCUAAUAUUUUAUGGAACAAGUGGUGUAGAAGAUUGUUUAGUCAAAGAGAUAGUGGUUUCCAAUCCAACCAUUUCUACAGUUUGAAAUAAUUCUUCUUAUUUUAAAUUAUAAUAAUUUGUUGUAAUUUUGAAUUAGAGUCCUCAUCUUAAUUUUUGUAAGCUGUUUGCAAGAUGAGUAACAAGUCACAUGAUAUCAAUAUUAUGCUUCGUCAAUGCAUUUGAAGGAAUCCCAGAAUAGUUGUAUGCUGUCCAA